AUGGAGCUCGGAUGUUCGGUGAUAGCGCCGCUGGCCCCUCAUAAGCACACCCAUACUGUCAUCUUCUUACACGGCCGCGGCGACACCUCGCGGAACAUGGCCGACGCCAUGCUCUCGCGGUGGUCGCGCGAUUCCCGCGGCCGCUCCCUCAUCGACGAGUUUCCUUCGGUGCGCUGGGUAUUUCCGGAAGCCGAGCUCCGCGCCGCCGAAACGCUCGAGGAGAUGUGGCCGCAGUGGUUCGACGUGUCCAACAUGCUGGACCUGACCGACUCCGAGGAGCUGCAGGUCUUCGGGCUGCGCAGCAGCAUCGCCAGCAUCCGGCGCAUCGUGCGGCGGGAGGCGCGCGUCGUGGGCGGGAUGGACCGCGUCGUGCUCGCGGGCGUCAGCCAGGGCGGGGCCACGGCCUUCCACACCCUCCUGCACCUGGACAACGACGAAGACAACGACGGCGGCGGCGGUGGUGGUGGUGGAACCGAGGGGGGCACCGCGGACGGGGAAUUCCAGCAGCAGGCGGCGGCCGCGACCUCCUCGGGGUCGCGGCUGUGCGGGAUCAUGGGGUUCUCGUGCUGGCUGCCGUUCCCGGGGGGGUCGCUGGAGGAGACGCGGGAGGUGCUGGGGAUGGAGGGGGGGUGGCCGCGGGGGGACGCGGUGGUGCGCAACACGCCGGCGUUCCUGGGGCACUGCGCGGACGACUCGCUGGUGUUCGUGGAGUACGGGCGGCAGCUGCGGAGCGGGCUGCGGAGCUUCGGGAUGAGCGUCGAGUGGCACGAGUACGAGGACGGCGGGCACUGGAUCAACGCGCCCAAGGGCAUCGACGACGCCGUCGAGUUCUUGAAGGCCCAGGGGAUACCGCUGGCUGAGGCGGACGAAGAGGGGGAGGGGGAGGGGGAGAAAGGGAAGGGGAAGGGGAAGUAA